AUGCUGGCUGCCCUGGCAGCCGUCCCCCUGGCAUUGGCGAGGAGCCAGGCAGCCGAGCCUGUCAGCCAAGUCGUCGAUCUGCUGAAGGAGAUGCAGACGACCCUGGAGAAGGAGCAGAAGGCCGAUGAGGACAUGUACGCCGAGCUGCGCAGCUGGUGCAAGGAGAACAACGACGUGAAGACCGUGGAGGUCUCUGACGGCCAGGCCCGCAUCCAGGAGCUCACAAGCCUCGCGGCUGAGGCCAACGCCUCGUCUGAGAGCCUGGCAGCUGAGAUGACGGUCCUGGGUAAGGAGGUGCAGGAGGCCACUGCCGCGCUGGACUCCGCCCGCGUCCUCCACGGAAACAAGGUCGAGACCUUCAAUGACAAUGAGAAGUCCCUCUACAAGGACAUCGAGGCCGUCCAGGCGGCCUCCACCGCCAUCAGCGGCGGCGAGCCGGCGCUGAUGCAGCUGCCGGAGGGGCGCCUGAAGGAAAUGAGCGCUCGGCUUCAGGAUGCUGUGAGCAGGCGCGCAGAGCGCUUGGACAACACGCUCUCCGUCCGCGACCACGAGCGGCUCGAGGCCUUCUUCAAGGAUCCCUCCGGCUUCGUGAAAGGCCUGAGCUUGAUGCAGACGCCUAUCGGCGGCGAGCUGGCAGGCAUGAUGGAGGCCAUGGAGGACGACUUCAAGGUUGACCUCAAGGCCUUGCAGGACGAAAUGGCCAAGGAGCUAAAGACCUACGAAGAGCUCAUGGCCUCUAAAAAGGAGGAGAUCAAGGCCUCCGAGGCGACGAAGGAGUCGAAGCGCCAGCAGCGGGUGGAGAAGCGGCAGAGCAUGAUGGAGAUGGGCUUUGAGAUCAAGUCAAUCGAGAAGGCCGAGGGGCAAGUCAGCCGAUAA